CUAAUACAACGUUUAAUUAAACAACGUAAACCCGGUCUCUGUCUCUCUCUCGUGUACUAUUUGCUCUCUCAGUCUCUCUCGAUCUCUCCGUUGCCAGAUUUGAAAGCUCCUGAGAUUGUUGGAGAAACAAGAGAUUUUUUUAGGAAAAUUGUAGACCAAGGCGUCUGACUUUGAGAAAGAAAAUAUGGGGACUGAAGAUCCCAAUCGUGCAUAUAUACCUUCACGGCCUGCCCCCUCACCCUUUGCUGCCACACAAGGUAUUAGACCUAAUAUAUUAAACCGUCCUAUCGUUGGACCAGAUGCCUCUGCCUUUAGGCCAACUCCGCCUCCUCCUCAACAGAAUACUACCCCAUUUUCAUCAUCAGGACCGGCUGAAUCUGGUUCUGCUAUAAAGCCAAAUAUGCAUCCUGCAUCACAUCCCAUAACUCCUUUUUCAUCAUCUGGGCCGGUUUCGGGUACAGAGACCCCUGAAUUCAGACCUUCAUACUCAGCUAGGUCUAUUACUCCAUCCACAAAUGCAGUACCACCACAAUCUGGUCCACCAGCAUCAGGACCUUUUCAACGAUUCCCAUCCCCACAAUUUCCCUCAACGAUUCAAGCACCGCCUCCUCAGGCUUCACCUGCAGGACAACAAUUUUUCCCCCCACAAACUAGGCCUCAAAUUUCAACGGCACCAACUGGACCUCCACCUACUAUAAACAGUAUGCCGUCAGGUGCGAAUAUUCCCAACUCAUCUGUAGAUUCUUCAAUCUUUGCUCCAAGACCAAACUUGCAGCCAUCAUUUUCCCAGAUGGGUCCAUCUAAUUUUGUUCGCGGAACCAUGCAAUCAGCUUACCAAGCCUAUCCUGGUAAGCAACCUCCUGUUGUUACCCAACCCCCACCUGUAAAGUCUGCAGCAUUUGUUCCUCAUCAAGAGAAUUACCGUGCUUCUCCUCCGGCAGGACCCACUCCUUACCUUUCUUCUCAAGGUGGUUUUGGCGCUCCCCCAGUUGCAACAUCUACUGGCCCGUUCUCGAGGGAGCAAAUGAGACCCACGGGAUCUGGACCUCCUAUGGGACCUGUGCAAGGAUUAAUAGAAGAUUUUAGUUCACUCACUCUGGGGUCUGUUCCAGGAUCAUUCGAUUCAGGACUGGAUCCUAAGACUUUGCCACGGCCUUUGGAUGGUGACGUGAAGCCAAAAUCUUUUGCUGAGAUGUACCCCAUGAAUUCUGAUUCCAGAUAUAUAAGGCUAACAACUAGUGCCAUACCAAACUCGCAAUCACUAGUUUCCAGGUGGCAUUUACCUCUUGGUGCAGUUGUUUGUCCACUUGCUGAAGCUCCUGUUGGGGAGGAAGUGCCAGUUGUUAACUUUGCUUCAAUGGGGAUCAUUCGCUGUAGAAGAUGUCGCACAUAUGUGAAUCCCUACGUGACUUUCACAGAUAGUGGGAGAAAGUGGAAAUGCAACAUCUGUGCUCUGCUUAAUGAUGUUCCAGCCGAAUAUUAUGCCCCUCUAGAUGCCACUGGUAGAAGAAGUGAUUUGGAUCAGCGGCCAGAGCUUAGCAAAGGUAGUGUGGAGUUUGUUGCUCCACCUGAAUACAUGGUGCGGCCACCCAUGCCAACGCUUUAUUUUUUCUUGAUCGAUGUGUCAGUAUCUGCAGUCAGAAGUGGAAUGAUUCAGGUAGUGGCAGAAACUAUCAAGUCUUGUUUGGACAGGUUGCCGGGAAGCUCCAGGACACAGAUUGGGUUCAUUACUUAUGACAGCACAAUUCACUUCUAUAAUAUCAAGUCGUCUUUGACGCAGCCCCAAAUGAUGGUGGUGUCGGAUCUGGAUGAUAUAUUCGUUCCCUUGCCAGAUGAUCUCCUUGUUAACUUGUCAGAAUCAAGAAGUGUUGUGGAAGCACUAGUGGAUAGCUUGCCUUCCAUGUUUCAGGACAAUGUCAAUGUGGAAUCUGCUUUUGGUCCAGCACUUAAAGCUGCAUUUAUGAUCAUGAGUCAACUUGGUGGUAAACUGUUGAUUUUCCAGAAUACACUCCCGUCACUUGGUGUUGGUCGCUUGAGGUUGCGCGGUGAUGAUAUUCGUGUUUAUGGAACAGAUAAAGAGCACACGAUUAGAAUACCAGAAGAUCCCUUUUAUAAACAGAUGGCUGCUGAUUUCACUAAGUACCAGAUUUCCGCCAAUGUGUAUGCAUUCAGCGACAAGUAUAAUGAUGUUGCUUCCUUAGGUAUUCUGGCCAAAUAUACUGGUGGACAGUUGUAUUACUAUCCAAGCUUCCAAUCUGCCAUUCACAAAGAGAAGUUAAGACAUGAGUUAGCCAGAGACCUGACUAGAGAAACUGCCUGGGAAGCUGUUAUGCGGAUAAGAUGCGGAAAGGGUGUGCGUUUUACAUCUUAUCAUGGGAACUUCAUGUUGAGAUCCACUGAUCUAUUAGCUCUACCAGCAGUAGACUGUGAUAAAGCUUAUGCAAUGCAGUUAUCCCUGGAGGAUACAUUGCUGACAACUCAGACAGUUUAUUUCCAGGUUGCUUUGUUAUACACUUCCUCCAAUGGAGAAAGGCGGAUAAGGGUACACACGAUGGCAGCACCCGUGGUUGCAGAGUUAGGAGAGAUGUAUCGACAGGCUGACACUGGUGCCAUUGUUUCGUUGCUUUCAAGACUAGCAAUUGAGAAAAGUCUGUCCUAUAAACUAGAAGAAGCUCGCAAUUCUAUUUUACUCAGACUUGUCAAAGCUCUCAGAGAAUAUCGAAAUUUAUAUGCUGUGCAGCAUCGUGUUGGAAACAGGAUGAUCUAUCCAGAGUCAUUAAGAUUCCUCCCUUUGUAUGCGUUAACACUGUGCAAAUCAACACCCUUACGUGGGGGUUAUGGUGAUGUUCAACUUGAUGAACGCUGUGCAGCAGGAUACACCAUAAUGGCUUUGCCAGUAAAUAAACUUUUGAAGCUUCUGUACCCUACCUUGGUGCGAAUUGAUGAGCACCUUGUCAAAGCACUACCAAAAACUGAUGAACUCAAAAAUAUAUGCAAGGCGCUACCACUUACUGCAGAGAGCUUAGAUGCUGGUGGUCUUUAUAUUUUCGAUGAUGGUUUUAGGUUUGUCAUAUGGUUUGGGAAAAUGCUGUCACCAACUAUUGCUAUGAAUCUACUUGGUGAUGACUUCACAACAGAUUACUCAAGGGUUUCCUUAUCAGAGCGUGACAAUGAAAUGUCAAGGAAGCUAAUGCGCUUACUUCAAAAGUUUAGAGAGUGUGACCCAUCAUAUUAUCAGUCGUGUCAUCUUGUUAGACAAGGUGAACAGCCAAGAGAAGGCUUCUUCAUGUUGGCAAACCUUGUUGAAGACCAAGUUGGUGGUAUGAAUGGCUAUGUUGACUGGAUCCAACAAAUUCAUCGGCAAAUUCAGCAAAACGCAUAACAUACAGGGUAUCUCAUUCUAGCAGAACAUCUACAGGAUUAGCAAGUUCCAUCUUUCUCGACUCCGAGAAAAAUUUUGACCGAGGAAAAUCAAAUCUACUUCAUUCCUCUGAAAGUGUAGAUAAUAUCUGAUGAGAUUGAAAAUGAUAUGUUUAGAGUAGCCUCAAAGUAAAUGCAUCUGUCCUAUGUAAUAUUUACUAGGCUGUGGUGGAAUAAAUUAGAGUCUCAAUAUGUUUUUGUUUAUUUGCAAAUUGAUGAGGGUAUUACGUGCAAGUUUUUGUUCUCUGAACCAAGGGUUGAGAUGCUAUUAUCAAUUAGAGUGCUUGUUUGGUGUGCU